AUGAUUCGCGUCGGGCAGCUGGUUGUGCGCCAUACGCAGAAAGUAAAGGGCAUCGAAAUUCGAAGAUGCCUUUCAGCGGCACCUCAGGUCAAACAGGCCGCCGAAGCACAACAAACCGCCACCCCAGCCGAAGCGGACAAACGACCCAACAUGUCCUUCCUGACGAACAUCUUCCGCGGUCAGGUUCAACCGGCUCAAGUUUUCCCCUACCCGGAGGCACUCGAUGCCGAGCAGAAGGAGUACAUCGCCUCGUUCGUCGAUCCUGUCACCAAGUUCUUCGAGGAGGUGAACGAUCCUGUGAAAAACGAUGUCAACGCGUCCAUCGACGAAAAAACCACCGAGGCGUUGUGGGAACUGGGCGCCUUCUCACUCAUGGUCCAACCCGAGUACGGUGGACUGGGACUAAACAACACGCAAUAUUCCCGCAUGUGCGACAUUAUCGGUGGGCAGGAUCUUGGGCUGGGUAUUUUCAUCGGUGCCCACCAAAGCAUCGGCUUCAAGGGUAUUAUGCUGUACGGUGACCAGCGGCAAAAGGAGAAAUACCUACCGAUGGUGUCCACCGGAAAAGUGUACGCCGCUUUCGCCUUAACGGAACCAAGUUCGGGUUCUGAUGCCGGUUCGAUCCGGUGCCGGGCAGUGAAAUCGGCCGACGGCAAGCAUUACGUGCUGAAUGGUUCCAAAAUAUGGAUCUCGAACGGUGGCAUCGCAGACAUAAUGACCGUGUUCGCGCAAACCGAGCUGGAGGAUCCAAAGACGGGUCAGAAAAAGGACAAAGUGACCGCGUUUAUUGUGGAGCGUGGGUUCGGUGGUGUUAGCAGUGGUCCGCCAGAAAACAAGAUGGGCAUUAAGUGCUCGAAUACGGCCGAGGUGUACUUCGAGGAUGUGAAAAUCCCAAUGGAAAACGUGCUGGGUGGUGAGGGAAACGGUUUCAAGGUGGCAAUGAAUAUCCUUAAUAACGGCCGGUUUGGUAUGGCCGCGACAUUGUCCGGAACGAUGAGAGCUUGUAUUCAGAAGGCGGCGGAACAUGCGACAAACCGUGUGCAGUUUGGACGCAAGAUCGAAACGUACGGUGGCAUUCAGGAGAAGUUGGCCAAGAUGGCAAUGCACCAUUACGCCACGCAAUCGAUGGCUUACAUGAUUUCGGGCAACAUGGACACGGGCUCGUUGGAUUACCAUCUUGAGGCGGCCAUUUCGAAGGUGUUCGCGUCCGAGUCGGCGUGGUACGUGUGUGACGAAGCGAUUCAGAUCCUUGGCGGUAUGGGCUUCAUGAAGGAUUGCGGGCUGGAGCGUGUGAUGCGUGAUUUGCGCAUUUUCCGCAUCUUCGAGGGCACGAACGAUAUCCUGCGGUUGUUCGUGGCACUGACGGGCAUUCAGUAUGCCGGAUCGCAUCUGAAGGAGUUGCAGCGUGCUUUCAAGAAUCCAGCCACCAAUAUGGGUCUGAUCUUCAAGGAGGGUUCAAGGCGUGCGAUCCGUAGCAUCGGAUACGGUGGUACGGAUCUCAGCUCGCAUGUCGCGGAUCCACUGAAACUCUCCGCUAAGCAGUGCUCCGAGUGCAUCGAUUUGUUUGGGCAGACGGUGGAAUCGUUGUUGAUCAAGUACGGCAAGAAGAUCGUCGACGAGCAGUACCUGUUGAACCGGUUGGCCGAUGCGGCGAUCGAUACGUACGCUAUGGCGGUUGUGUUGUCCCGAGCAACACGUUCCGUGCGCAAGGACCUUCCGUCGGCAGAGCACGAGGUGCUGAUGACCAAAGCCUGGUGUCACGAGGCUAGCGAUCGUGUGCGGGUGAAUAUUCGCAAAAUCAACACCGACUCGUUCGUGAAAAACUACGGCGUGAUGUCGCAGAUCGCGAAGAACAUUUGCGCGAACAAUGGCAUCGCACACAACAACCCGCUGGACAUCGAAUAAACGCGGGAAAAUUGCGACAUCCGGGCCACGAAACCACCACCAGGCGGAUUCCUGUACACUUUACCUCAGGAGAAAGUUACGCAAAGUGAAUCCAGAUCCGGUCGGGUGUUGUGGUUGACGAUCCCAUCGACCCAAAGAGCCAGGACAUUAGGGCAUAUGCACCAGGAAUGACACACUCUCGGAGAGUGAUGAGGAGAGUAGUAGCUCAAUUCUUAUUUUUUGUCUUCUCACGAACAUUUAUAGACCAAUUUUGUGUUUUUUGUUUUGUUUUUACGUAAUAUUUACACACGUUUUUGAGUACCACGUUUUUACCCACUUAUGACGAAGGUGCUUAACUUUUGACGCUUACGAAGGCUCGAUUCUCUGACACAAUUCCACUGUUUUAGGUAUGGUUUUAUGGCUUUCAUUUUUUUAUUUUGGUUAAUGUGUAAAGUCUGAUUCACCAAAACUCCACCUACUGAUAGUGUAGCUAUAGGUUUAAUGAUACCAUGUACAUACAACUAAGAAACGCCUCACGAUGAAGCCAAAAACUCGAGGCCAGCUGACGACACGGGCCAGGCAAUAGACAAAU